ACUUCCCAGAAAGAACUCAUCAUCUACAGUGAAUCACUUCAAACUAUGCUCAAGCAAAGUGACCGGUUUGUGAAUUUCAGGACAGUAAACACAACAAGAAAAGAAUAAAAUUCUGAGCAACAUACACAAAGUGCUGGAGGAAGAGGAUGGAUUGGAGGUAAACAGAUACAGUUAUUUAAUCUGACCUCUCUAGCAAAAUCAGAAGAUAUUUUGUCUGCCACUUUGCAUUAUUAUGCAGGCGAGUUUAAGCUUGCAAACAAUACAAGGAUGUGCCCUUACUUAAAUGGCUGCAAACAUCGCUUCCACAGAAAACAAGUCAACAUUGACCUUUCCAUCUGGGUUUUUGGCAUUGAAAACAAUAACACCAGAAUUCUGGGCCAUUAUAUAAUAAAUACGUCUACAUUUUAUCGAGAUUUUCUCUCUUGGCAGUGGAAAGACAUCACACCAGCUGUUCACAACGCCAGGUCAAAUGAUGGCCUGUUGAUUGGAAUUGAAAUGAUGUCAUCUGGUCCAACCUUUUGGAAGCAGUUGUCCUCAAAGCUUCCACCCUAUAUGCUGGUGUACGCAAAUGAUUCUGCUAUUUCAGAACUAGACACUGUGGCGAGCACCCUUCGGAGACAGCAGGGAUCAAUUGUUACCAAGACACAGAACUUCAGAACCAGCGCUGUAAACAGGACAUUUGAGAUGAGGAAGAAACGGUCCACUAACUUACUCCUGCCAUUGCGUAACAAUGAGCUACCUGGAGCCGAGUAUCAGCACAACGAGGCUGAUGCGUGGGACACAAGGAAGCCUUAUAAAAAGCUGCAUCCUCGGCCGACAGACCAACAGAAGAAGGGAAAGCAAAGGAAGGGCAACAGACAGAAAUCACAAACUCUACAGUUUGAUAAGCAAACGCUGAGAAAAGCCAGACGGAGACAAUGGAAUGAGCCCAGAAACUGUGCCCGCCGCUACCUGAAAGUGGAUUUUGCAGAUAUUGGAUGGAGUGAGUGGAUAAUCUCCCCUAAGUCCUUUGAUGCCUACUAUUGUGCAGGUGCUUGCCAGUUCCCCAUGCUAAAGUCAUUGAAACCCUCCAACCAUGCUACGAUUCAGAGUAUAGUACGGGCAGUGGGUGUGGUUCCAGGGAUACCAGAGCCAUGCUGCGUACCUGAGAAGAUGUCAUCAUUAAGCAUCUUAUUUGUUGAUGCAAACAAAAAUAUUGUCCUGAAGGUCUACCCAAACAUGACAGUGGAAUCAUGUGCUUGCAGAUAACUUCACAGUCAGGAUGUUGUUUGAUUUUUGGGUUUGCACUUCAGAUAUUUUUGUUUUCCUUUUCUUUUUCAUUUUGAAUGAACAAAGGAAGUCUUCCAAAAAAAUGAAAACCCAAUGGUGUCUUUGGAUGAAAAGAUCUGAAAGAUAAUUUAUCAUUUUCUAGAGACACCCCGACACCUGCAUUAAAGAUGCAAUUUUAUGAAGUUAAAACACAUGGAAGUACCAGAGCGCCUGUGUCUAGAAUUCAGGUACUGAAAUGGAGCUCUAUUUACUGUAGAUCUGUUCUUAGGUUUUAAAGACAAAUUGAUAGAAAUUGCCUUUGCACUUCAGCAGAUGGUCUCUGAUGGCUGACAUACAGUUAAGUCUACUUCCCCACCUGCCAGCUCCCACUGGUUCCACCUUCUGCUAAUCUCAAAGUGUGAUGAACAUUUUGAAUUAUCCUUUGCAUUUUACAUCUGUGCUAUUAGAUAACAAAGUAAUUUGAAAUAUAACAGAUAUGUGAAUCAAUGCAAUGCAAAGCCAACAUAUUUGUUAAUUUACCUUACAAUUCACACAUUCUGUGCAUAAUGUUUUAUGUAAUUUUAAUUGUCAACACUUUUUAAUGCAAUUUGCUGAAGAUCUUGCAUGAUGUUCAAGCAGCCAUUUUCAAACAAACAAGGAAAAUCUGUACUCCGAGGUGAUGGACUUGUUGCAGGAUGUUUUCUGGAGCUGCCAAUAACUGGCCAGAUAAGUCAUUAGGAAACAGUAGCAAUUGCAGUGGAUCAGAGGUACCCACUUGAAAUACAAAUGUUAAAUUCCCAGGGAUUAUAUCAUCGAGCUUACCAAUAUUCAUGGUCAGUCAGUGAAAUGGAUGCAACAUUUCUCUUGACACCUCAAUAUUCCCUCCUAAUAAAAACUAGGGGAGAUAUCACCACUGCAGCUACAAAACUUGCACUCUCCUAAGUCAACGAGUUGUCUCAUCAAUAAAGUUUCAAUAAUGUAGUUGAUGUAAUUGGCCAACAUAGCUCAUCAAUUAAAUCAAAACUGUUAAUAAUUGCCAUUUGCUAGGAGGUUCUUUCAUUCAACAUUUAAUAUUAUUUUAACCAAGCAUUCAUGUUUGAAUAAAAGCAAUGAAACCCCAAUAAUCCUGAUCUGCUUGUACAGAAAUCCUGCCGUUUUAGUGUCUGACACGUAGGUUGCUAACUCGCAGUUCCUGCAUUCCCUUUAAGUUCGCCAGGACCCUGGUUCCUGCACUCUCAUUAAAUUUACAGCCUUUUUGGGGGAAGGUUUACAAUACUACUGUGUAACAUAUGUUUUUGUAAACAGUGAAUUAAAAGUUUAUUGAAACAUUAAUAGAAAUAACAGUGGGAAAUCCAGAAAAUCUGCCAGUUUGGCAGCAGCAGAAGAUCAGAACAUUUUGGAUUAAUGGAGUUUAAAUCUCUGAUAAUUUGUUGUGCCACUAAAACAACAUACAUCUCCUCUUUUACCACAAUCCAAAGAUGUAAACAGCCCCACCAGGUGAGGCAAUGAUUUAUGGGCACCUCCUCCAUCUGCAGCUAACGCAGUCAGUGCUCCCAUUGUGGCCGCCUCUAACAUCGCCAAGGUUAGACCGGGUGACCAGUGUUCUGUCUGCAAAGACUGCCUUGAACUCCCAGCUGCAAACCAUCUCAACUCCCCUUCCCAUUCACACGAUAAUGUGGAGCCCUCUCCACUGUCACUGUGAAGCCCAAUGCAAGCUAUAAGAGCAGCUCCUCAUUUUCUCAGUCUGAGUCUCUGUCUCUGUCCCUCUCUCUCGGUUCCAUCCACCAUCCACUCGCCUCCCUCCCCCAUCUGCCCUUCAUCUCUCUAUUAAAUAAUUACCAAUCUUACUUUUCUUAUUUGUCACAUUCCAGAACUUGUAGUCUUUAUGUCUCCACUUAUCACCCACCUCCAAAUAACUCCCACCACCCCCCUUCCUCUUCUCCACCUGGCCCCUCAUUCCUCCCUGGUCCACCUGCCACAUACCAACACCGGUCUCGUCUCUAUCCCUCUCAACUCCUAAAUCCUGAUGUUUCAUCCACUAUGCCAACAGUUCUUUUCACCUCCAACGAUGCUGCUCAACUGCUGAGCUUCUCAGCAAUUUGUAUUUUUUUUAACUAAGACAAUACAUAUCCUUCAUUAAUUAUACUGAACAUAUUCUUCAACCUUGUCUUUUUUGAGCAGCUAUAUUUGAAAGUUAUACAUAUUGCUGUAAGGAAGUCAUUUGUGGGUAUGUCAUAUCAAUAUACUUAUAAAGCAUAAAGGGAAUGUUUAUUUCAUCUUUAAGGUAAAGAUGAGAAUGCUGAAGAAAUAAGUGUGGUUUAGAUGUAGCCAUUGAUGGAAUUUCUACACAUUUUAAGUCAGAAAUGAUGCACUAAGCUUGGCUGCAGAGCACUACAAUAAAGGUAGCUAUGCUUACCCUUCAGAAGCACAACCCACAACACAGGAUUACCUUUGCAAAAUUUUGUAACUUCCUGACACGGGCAUUGUCUAUCUUUCACAGACAAUUUGUCUCUUGGCAUUGAUGCAAAAAUUCUAUGGUUUUGUUUUAUUUGCCGCAUGGAUCUCAAUUUGGUCUGCAGCUAUGUCUUAAACCACUGUUCUAUUCCACUUACAUCUUUAGUAUAAAGAUAACUUCAAGGAACAAAUAUAAAAAUAAUUGUUGGUGUAAGUGGAGAGAAUUAACUUUGUGCCUUAUUCAGAGCUGGGCUGACACAGUAAGGAGGACUUUAAAAGCCACGAAUUUUGGAGGUUUGUAGAAAUCUUUUACAUAGACCAAAAAAGAAGCAGAAUUACAGAUAUUAAGCACUGACCUCCAAAAGCGAGCCUCAUAGCAUCAAUAUCUAAAUAAGCAGGAAUAUAUUCCAACAGACAUAGUCUAUCCCUUACUGUUCAUUACAAUAGAGGCUCUUACUGUCUUCUAUUAUAUAUCACCUUAAAUAUUAUUUAUGCUAAUAUGCAUAUCUUUAUUCAGUGAGUUUACUUCUACAUUGAUUCCAAAGAUGAGAUCUGGUGUCAACUAUUUUUACCACUUUAUUUUAUAUCAGUAAAUAACUUCAUUUCUCUAUGUAAGUACGAAAUAAUCAGCAUUUUGGUAGAGGAAAAUAUUUUGGAAUCAUGUAAGAAAACAAAUAAUCAACCAUGUAAUUUUCUCAUCAGUUUUUUCAAAGUUCAAAUAUAUUUUAACUAUUUAAAUAAUAUUUGAAUGCAUUGAGUAACUUUAAUACCAGUUUUGUAUAUAUUACUGUUUUGGAGUUGCUACAAACUUAGACUUGUUAAAUUGUCAAAAUCAAUUGAUCAUUGAAGAACAAUUAAUCAAAUAUUUUCCAUGUUCUUCCCAUCAAUUUUAGCUAUUCAUUUAUAUUAUUUUGAAUAAUUAUGAAUCCAAUUGCAUGCUUUUCUCUUAUAAUUGGAAACUCUGUGUGUGUGUAUAUAUUUAUAUAAUAUGGAUAAUUAUUACAAAGGCAUCUGAAGCAGUUUGCCUCUAUUAUUCUGCUUUACAAAAGCUCGAGCAAACUUACCAACUUAACAAAAGCAAUUCAAUUUUAAUUGGCGUAAUCCUUUAUUAUUAAAAAAUAUCAGAAGUAACAAAGUUUCCAUUGUUAACUUUGGCUAUAAGACAAUGAUAUUUAAUGAUGGAUAAAAUCAUAUGGCCUCAUAGCUUAAGUGCAUUUGUAUCUCUUUACCAUAUAUUGCAAUAUAUUUUCCAUUUCCUUGUAUUAUGGUUAGUCUGCUCCUUUGGAUUUGGCUGCAGCAGAUUUUUAAAAAAUCUAAAUGUAAUUCAAUUGUAAAGAGUUUCCUGUAAACAUUUAGUUGCUAUGUAAUAUUGUACAAUAUGUUUUAAAAUAGUACAUAUUUGUAUAUGAAAGAGAAUCAUGUUGAAAAGCUUUUUUUUAAUUUAUUUUAAGUUUGGCUGCAAAUUCUUUCCCCUUUUUUUGCACAGUUUCAAUUUCUGGUUGCAAUAAUGUUUAUUGAAGAGAGCGGGAGAGUAAUAAUGGUUGUUAGUUUCCUGAACACUACAAAGCAUCUGAAAUGAAACUGUGAAGGGCACAUCACUACUGAUAUCUGAGCUUUCUUGUUUAAUAGUGUUUUAUUAUAUUAAAGGCAACCUUCCUCACAAUCUUUG